AUGUCAAAAGAGAACCACGUAAACAAUCCUGAUAUCACCGACGAUACAAACGGUGUCAUUCGUGAUGAUUCCGAUACGAUCGUAAAAUCAGAUUCUGAUGGUACCGCAAAUGUUGCUAACACUUCAUCUACAUCCGUUACAACAUCUUCAAACGAUGUCGCAAACCCUACCGUCUCUACUUCUCAACAAACUUCUCCGAAAGCACCAAAGCAAUCUAAUUCUCAGAGAACCGCUAGAAAAACAAGAGGUGCUUCUAAAGCAGGUAGUACCGCUGAAAAUUCGUCUAAUUCAUCUACGGAUAAAAUAGAUUCUACCACCGCUGCUCCUAUAAAUGUAUCGAGCUCCUCCGUUCCUACCUUUUCUGCCUCAUCCGCCCAAUCGGCUAAUAUUUCUCGUCGCCAUUUACCACAAAGAGACGUGACUCAGACGAAUAUUGCAGAUCGUUAUGUUGAAUUCAUUUUAUAUUGUAAUCCUUCCGCUCCAUCUGACUUGGACGUGUCAUCGCUCAUUCGUUCUUUUAAUGCUGUGCCUAAAUCUGAUGGUAAAACCUUUGAAACUUGGGUACUUUUUCAACUUGUUUCUAAACAUCAUUCAGGUGAAAUAAAAACUUGGACUAAAUUAGCUCAGCAGCUUGGCGUUGAGCGUACUAGCGGAUCAAGUCCCCAAAAAAUUCAACAAUACGCUGUAAGACUAAAAAAAUGGAUGCGUUCCAUUCAUAUUGAUGCUUUUUUCGACUAUAUUUUAUCGAAACCAAAUGAGUAUUAUGAGGAUCCGCAAAAAAAUCCAACUGGUACCGAUCCUACUGACGGAACUGAUGAUGAUGAUAGUGAUUUAGUAUUAAAAUUAAUCAAGAGAGCUAGUAGUAAACGGCAAAAAAGAAAAUAUACUCGUCGUAAUACCGGUAGUAGAAAAAUGACCGCCUCUUAUUCCGAUGCAAGUGAUGAACUUGACGAUGACGAUGAAAGAGAUGCUUGGGAAGAUGAUGUAGAUACAAUGCAAGUUGAUGACUCUAAUAAACCUGACGAUGAUGGAAAAUCGAAAUCUUCUCGUAAAAAAAAUGCUGUACAGUUUACUUCUCGUGAGAAUCGGCCAAAACUUGGCAGACCGAAAAAUGGUAUUACUUCUCGUCAUAUUCCAACUCCAAAUCCUUCACCAACCGAUAUAAGGCAUAAUCCUAAUUCUUCAAGUGGUGACACAAGUCAUUUUCGUGUAAUAUCUAAUUCAGGUGCUUCUAGUAACCCUGCUACUCAACUACGGUGGCGAAGUAUUUCCGUUGGUGGUGGCCCUAUAUCUUCACAAUCUGGUGAAAUUUCUCCUUCCCAAUCAGUCCUACCUGCUUCCUCUUCAAUUUCCCCAACUCAUAAAGGCAACGCUACUUCAAGGCGGAAACAAAGUUUUGAUGCAUCAGUAACGACAGGCUUCGACAGUUUUCGACUUCCGAAAAAAGGUGGCCAACAAAAACAUGAAAGACCACAAUCUCCAACAAAUUCUAAUUGGUCAUGGUCUUCACAAAAUAAUCUUGGCAGUCAAGAUAACAGUAAUAAUGGAUUUCUAUAUUCUGAACUUCUUCUACCUCCUACUACAAGCGAUCCUAAAGAAACCAUAAAUUUACUUCAAGAAAAAUUGGUUAAAGCAGUUGGAAUGUUAGAAGAUAACCAACGAAAAAUCGAUAUGUUGGAAAAUGUUGUUCGACAAAGAGAAGAUGAGGUUAGGAAAAGAGUCGUUAGAGGUCUUAAAGAAGAUGUUAUUACUUUGUUUCAAAGAUAUGAAUAA